UUUUUAUCCAAUAAGUCAAAAAUAGGUAAAUUGUAAGAAUAACUUAAAUUAUUUAGGUUAAAAAUUAUUUCCUAGUAUGUAAAUGAUUAUUCUAAGAUAUAUAUAAUCUAACAUUUUCCGUUACACAGCUUCUUUGAUCCACGUUGGUGGUUGUGGUUUAUGUGUUAUGGUGGUAUUUCAAACUUUCACCGCGAGAGACUCUUCUAAAGAGCCUCAGGUUUUUAAUGAUAAAAAAUUCUUAGGUAAUUCCAAAUAAUAUUUCAACUUGGAUGCAAAUGAGCUCAAACUCAAGCGGUACUUCUUGUUAAAUCCGAUUUUAACCCCAAUUCUUAUUACGCAAUAGAAAAUUGUCAAUUUAUUACCAAUUAUAUCAAUUAUGUGAUCACAAUUCUAGUGAUAUAAACCAUGAAAAACAGCAAGUCACCAAAUAUGUAAGCGCAACAAUAAAAGCAAUAAAAACAUUAGAUAACGAUAUGGUGACGAAGUGGAAAAUCAAUAGAGAACGUCUUCAAAGUAAAAACUACUUCAGGGGUAAUGUAUCCCAAUUAAGGCACUCCAUUAUAUGAGAAGGAGUUUACAAUUUAAAACAGAACUUUUGCUGUCUAGACUCUAUGAGACUUCAACUUAGUAGACAAACUCAUUGUUGUGAAUCAUAGUAGCUUAAGAACUAUAAAGAGUCUAAACUUAUCAUAUAUGGACCCUUUCACGAAUGAACUGUCCAUGUCAAUGAAUCAGCACCUCUAACCUACUUCAAGGCACCUCCUUGAAGGUUUGAUAGCCAAUGAGUUGAUGAAGACUCUGUGGUUUCAACCUCUUGGAUCACAAGUAUGAAUAUAAACUAGAAUGAUUCUCUCUUUUGUACUCACUGAUGGAGGCUAUAAUUUUCUCAGCGUGGCACUUAGUUUCUGCCUCCUUAAGCCUCAUGGAAGUCAAGUAUAUAAGAAUUUAUAGAGUUUCCAUAAGUAGGGUCCAGAGAAAUUAUUCUUUGUCUAACCUAGCAAAAUUUGUCAUCCUCAAGGUGUGGCACUUGGUCUCUUAUGUUUGUCUAACCUAGCAAAAUUAGUCUUUUACCUCUUCUUUAUGAUUCAUCUUAAAUGGAGGAAUGUACACAUUUUUUCCUUUAGAGCCAGAAGGCUUUGUUGGAAUGGAAGACCCUAUCUUCAUAUGUCCUAGGUUGGUUUUAUCAGAGUCGGGCUCUACAUCAAUCUUGGAAUUAGAUACUUUUUCCAAUUUGGAAUUAUAUUCAGCAAGUUCUUCUUCCAAAAACUCGACCUUAACCCUAAGGGAGAAAUUCUCAAUUUCUUACUCUUGACUCCAUCUACCAACUUGUUGGUUUCUUCAAGUUUGACACGUAAGGUCUCCUUAAUAUAUUCAAACUACUUUAAUUUUUCCAAGUACUUUUCAACAUUUUUUUAAUUAUAAUCAACUUAUUGGAUUCAUCAAGUUUUACAUGUAAAACCCCUAUUUCAAGUUCAAUCUUGCUCAAUUUCUAAGUGAUUUCUUAUAGUCUUUCUUGGAUUUGAUAAUUUUGCUAAAGAGAUUGUUACCAGCAAUUCUAGGAACUCCUAUAGAAUUGUUUCAAAUAACAUCAUCACUAUCAUGAGUAUAAUGACUCUUGACUUUAUCCAUGACAAAACUAGGAUCAAGGGUCACACAAGGAAAUUAAUCCUACAGCAUUGAAGCAAAGCUCUAAUACCAAUUGAAAAAUGUUGUUUAGAACCCUAGUAUGGCUUGCUACUAAUUUUAACCAAUUAAUUCAAUUGUGCCCUGGGUAGUUAAUUAGUCAAUAUUCAAGCACAGUAGUCAAUAUGAAUAAUAGCAUGCACAAUAGUAGAGAACAAACACACACACAAGGAUUUGUUCAGGAAGUGAAAACCUAAAAGGUAAAACACUCCAGGGCCAAGCCCAAUUCAUCAAAUCACUAUGAAGGUUCUUGCAAUACAUACUAUACUAUAUAGACUUCCCAUACAAGUAGAUAGACACCGUACCAGAGCUUCCUGCUCCUGCUAGCAAGUGCAGACUCCUACCUUGUGCUUUGAAAUCCACUUGAUGAAGUCAAUCCACUGACCACAAAAUCAAUCACUCAAUCACUCCAAGGCUUCUUGAAGAUUUGUCUCGAUCUAGUUUCAAACAGGAAGUCCAAUACAAGUAUGGUGAUCUAUGUGUUUGGAAUAAUCAACCCCUCAAAGAUGUUCAAUGGGAGAGGGUGGAAGAAAAAGAAUAGCUCUCUCUAGGUUUUUAUUUUUUUUCUAUGGCCAUCUUUGUUCUCUGGAAAUUGGGGUUGAUAUAGGGUUUAAAUACAAGUAGGUUUUAGGCUUGCAGUGGGUACAAACACAGCUCUGGAAGCAAAUCUCAGAAUUUCUAUUAUAAGGUUCAGUCAAUCGAGAGUCUACCAAGAGUUUUUGUCUGAAUCACCAAUCUCAAACGAUUGAACUUUGACCGGUCCAAGAUCUUUAGUUUGGCAUAGUGAAAAGAAGAUUCAGCCUUUAGCCCUCGUUGCAACUGUUCAUAUUAGAAUUACAAAACCCAAAAUUACAAAUAAAUUCGUCAUGGAAUUAGCCAGCACUAAAAAUCCUAACAAAAGUUACAAUACAUGGAGGGCAAUAGGACAAAUGAUAGCUGUAUUAAAGAGACUAAAGAAGCUUUUCCCUAUUUCCAAGAAACUGAACCCAAUUCGGAGAUGGAUGGCUAUGUGUCCUCUUGUUUUCAUCCGAAUAAUUCCCAAGUAACUUCACAAACUAUAGAUAUAACAGGCCUCAACAGUGCUCAGGCAUUAGAACACAUGGAUGCUGAAUCAGUCUGUAAUCACCAAGCAAGUUCUGGAUUCCAUUUGUCCUUCGAAUUCCAACAACCCAUGGUGGAGAAGAUGAAUCCUGGACUCUCUGAUCCUUUUCUGCCUGCAUCAAUUCCAAAUUAUUAUCAAGGAGAAUUCUCAACCGUUUUGGGGGUGGAUUUUGGCUCACUUGCUCAAGCAGAUAAAGCAAAAUACAGCAACAAUAUGAGGCAAAUCCUUGAUUCUCCACCGUCAGAUGAUGACUUGGGAAAUGGUACUUCUGGCAAUCAAGCUGUGCCAUUUUGGCCAUCAUUUCCUGAAACACAACCUGAUACCAAUGGAUUCCUUCUUGAACGAGAAAAUCUGGUACUAAGGCAGCAUUUCACCAGCAACUUUGUUGAGAGAUGGGAAUUCAGUAGUCACCCUCAAAUCCAAAAUGAGUGGCAGACUUCUGAAGGUAAAUGGCCCUUAAAUCAGAAUGUGCAUGCAGAAUCAGAGUAUGGUGCCACUUCUUUGUUUCAUGAACAAGAUGUUAAUUUGGAUGAACAAUUCAACUUUCAGAAGUCUUGCCUUCUACAGACUGAUAAUCAAGAAAUUCAUCCUAUGCAAAAUAACCUUCAAGUACAGCUUUCAGAUGCAGAUCAUGGAUGCAAAACGGCCCUAGAGGGAAAAAUAGAUUUUGCCAUUUUAAACCAAUGGAUGAUGAGUGAUGAAGUUGAAUGCCUAUUCAAACAUAAUAAAUAUGCAGAUACUACAGAUAAUUAUAGUGGCAAAGUGAGUGGUAUUUUUCUUUUGCGAUUUGAAAAACUAUUGUCUCUGACCUCUGUCUGCCCUCCAAGUGCUGAUUUCAUUAGUGUGAGCAAGAAAUCUGAAGUAAGGAGUAAAAUCAGUUCAUUGUUAGAAGGGGAAGAUGAAGAAAGGGAUCAAAUGCUAAAUGUUAUUAUUAAUCAAAAAAAAGAAUGGCAUCAAAUAUUAGAGCUUGCUUCUGAGAAGGAUUUCUCUUCUAAAAAAGUACAGGAAAAGCUCCUUAAAAAGCUACUGAAAGAGAAGUUGCAUGUAUGGCUCCUUCAGAAAGAAGCAGAAGAUGGAAAAGGCCCUUCUGUAUUAGAUGAGGGUGGCCAAGGUGUGCUACAUUUAGCAGCUUCUCUUGGCUAUGAUUGGGCCCUAGAACCAACUAUUAUUGCAGGUGUCAGUGUCAAUUUCCGUGAUGUGAAUGGAUGGACUGCACUUCAUUGGGCAGCAUUUUGUGGCAGAGAGCGCACAGUUGCUUUCCUUGUCUCUCUUGGUGCGGAUCCUGCUGCAUUAGUUGAUCCAUGUUCCAAAUAUCCUUCAGGCAGAACAGCUGCUGACCUAGCUUCUGCCAAUGGACACAAAGGAAUUGCUGGUUAUCUUGCAGAAUCUCAUCUGAACAGCCACCUUUCAUCUCUUACGCUGGAAACUGGGGAAGGCAAUGCUGCAGGGAUUUCUGGAGCAAAAGCAGUAGAAACAGUUUCAGAACAAAGUGCAACUCCAGUCAGUGAUGGGGAUUUACCAUAUUCAUUGAAGGAUUCAUUAGCUGCUGUCUGUAAUGCCAGCCAAGCUUUUGCUCGUAUUCAUGAAGAUUACAGGGUGAAGUCCUUUCAAAAAAAGCAGUUAAAAGAGUAUGGUGAUGAUAAAUUUGGAAUGUCAGAUGCACAAGCUCUUUCACUUCUUGCUCUUAGGACAAACAAAUCAAGAAAACAUGAUCUACCUGUGCAUGCUGCUGCAAUCCGGAUACAAAGUAAGUUCCGCAGCUGGAAGGGUAGAAGAGAAUUUUUGAUAAUCAAGCAGAGAAUGGUUGAAAUUCAGGCACAAGCAAGACAACACCAGGUCAGGAAGAACUAUAUAAAAAUUAUCUGGUCAGUAGGGAUUGUAGAAAAGGUAAUUUUGCGUUGGAAACGAAAAAGUGGUGGCUUGCGUGGGUUUAAAGCAGAAGCACUUGCUGAGGGCCACAAAAUGCAAGAUAAAUCUUCAGAGGAUGACUAUGACUUCCUGAAAGAAGGCCGAAAGCAAACAGAAGAGAGGCUGCAAAAAGCACAUGCUACAGUGAAGUCCAUGGCUCAGUCUGCAGAGGCAAGAGAUCAAUACCAUAGGCUGCUGAACGUUCUGACUAAUAUUCAGGGAUCCAUGGUUGUGGGUGAUGGGGUUCCAAGCAGUUCAGAUGAAAUGGCUGAUUAUAAUGACCUGAUUGAUAUUGAAGCAUUCCUGGAUGAAGGCACUAACAUGCCUUCAGCCUGAACCUCUGGUUCAUUCUCUUCUCUUGUAAAAUAUUUGUUAUUAGUGGCAGUGGGAAUGUUAUUUAUCAAUUAGGUUUGCUAAAAUUCUUGUAUAAAUAUUUGUUCAUUCUCGUCUCUUGUAAAAAUUCUUGUAUAACGAAAAGGAAUAUAGAGGAAAGAAAAAAAAUGUAUAAUAUUAUUAUA